AUGCUGCCUUCUUGCUAUGCUUCUGGAUCUGCCAUACCGGAUAAUGAGGAUCUGGUUAAUUCCAUCCUCGCAAACCCCGAAUAUCUACGAGCUCAAAUAUCACCAAAUCCCAUUGCACCAAGUGCCGUCGGUGGCGUGGGCAUGGAGGGUCUGAUGUGUGGAUCCUUUUCUCCGGCUUUCUACUACCAAGGAAUCGAUAACUUUCUGGCAUUGCACAAUAAUAUCUGGGGACUGCCCAUUUCCUUUCUGCAUAAUUCUCAUCGACCGGAAAAGCCGCCAUUUUCGUACAUUGCCCUUAUAGCCAUGGCCAUAAGCAGUGCUCCCAAUCAGCGAUUAACUCUCAGUGGAAUCUACAAAUUUAUUAUGGACAAAUUUCCUUAUUAUCGCGAAAAUAAGCAGGGCUGGCAGAACUCCAUCCGGCACAACCUCUCCCUCAAUGAUUGCUUUGUAAAGGUGCCACGGGAUAAGAAUACGAUCGAGGAUAAUGAUAGCGCUGGAAAGGGCAGCUACUGGAUGCUGGACUCCUCGGCAUCGGACAUGUUCGAGCAGGGAAACUACCGACGGAGGAGAACACGAAGGCAAAGGCACUGCGGCAACUCAAAUCGCUACGAAAGGGAGGCCGUCAAGGAUUCCAACGACAACAGUGAAAGAACUGCAGAGAUUCGUUCACCAAAUGAUUCCCUCACCGACUUCGACAUUUUCUGCAAUGAGAGACCCAAUUAUUCGGAUAGGAUUACGGAUCUCCAUCGGCAGUAUUUGUCCGUAUCUCUUGGAUUCAACAGUUUAUUCAAUAACGAUGGCAGGGGAAUGCGUCCGCUGCCAGGAGCUUCGCUUCCCGAGAUCCGAGAGUCUCCUGAUGAUGCGGAUACCUCUGUGGAUAGUCCCUCCUCCAGUUCGAGUAAAACAACUCAAAUGCCUUUGGAUAGUGCCUCACUUCACGAAGAGUUACAUUCCCCAAGUGCCUUUACUCCCGCCCUGAACCGAAGUCGAAGCGAAGCCGCAUCUUCCUUGAGUCAUCCAAUCCUUGGUGCCUCCUUUCGAGGACUUCAGGAUUUAAUGGUUGAAUCGGCGGGCAGCUCUCCAGCAACAUCUCCCACGGCGCCAAGCACUCGUUCAAAGACUACUCUGUUUACCAUCGACAACAUUAUUGGAAAGCCAUAA